CCGACUUGCUGAUCUGCUGAAAGCCUCGAGCGUACUGGCAGGCGACACCAGAAGCUCUUUUGCACAUCGCCACAGAGAGAAAGACAUCUCGAAGCAGAGGCUGCUUUUAUCUCCCGCGUCAGUCAGUCAGUAGGAUCAGGUACACUGCGCAGCGCCGCGUGGGACUCGAGCUGUACUUCACCAACAACCAGACAGCAGUUCCAGUCCAGAGUCUGGAGGCAGCAGACAUUAACACUGUGGAGCAGAGCGGAACGAGCUGAUCCUUCUCUCCCGCUCCCGACCUGGUCCUUACGGAACUGACCAGAGAGAGAGAGAUGACAGAUGAUUAAAUAAUGUGGAUUAUAUAGUCACUCACUGGAUACAACAGCUGAACACGACGCGGUUGCAAAAGGAUUUAGACUUGAAGACUGAAGAGAUCGUGGGGGAUAUCUCUCUGCCCGGGUGGAAGAGGCGCUCAGGCAGGCUGCUUGUUGGGAUUUGAUUUUAGAACUGUAUAAUAUUACAACUACAACACUUCUAGGCGGAUGUACAUAUAUAGAGUGUUUUUGGAGCAGUUUUGAGGAACAGUUUUGUUUAUUUUUAUGGUGAUAAUUAACUCUUACAAAGGAUCGCUGUCAAAACGGAAUCACACAGAAAGGAUUACAAUCCUUGGGACAGUGAGAGGUAUAUCUGGGGUUGUUUCUAUGGUGACGGGGGCAGUGAUUCUGUUGGAUACCCAUGAUGCACCGGUACGAUGCCUGAGUCGGAGACAGGUCUAGUAGCUCAGCACAUCACUGUGGAGACCAGAGGAAUAGUUGCUAUGUGGUGUUCUCUCUGGCUUUCCCUCCUCCUAUACCCUCUCUCCGUCUCUACAGCCAGAUUACCCACAGUACUGCCAACAGACUCUGUGUUCCUGGAGGACUAUGUGGUCUCUACUGGGGACACCCUGGAUCUGUCCUGUAACCCCAACGGUCCCGCCCAAGCUGUCCUCUGGUUCAAGGAUGGCAGCGGCCUGUUGCCUAGCAACCGGACGCGAGUGGACCAGAGGGUUCUACGCAUCAUCAACGUGUCUUACGAGGACUCCGGCAUGUACUCCUGCCACGUCACUCACGACAACAACCUGCUCAGCAACUACACAAUCAGAGUGACAGAUUCCCUGUCUUCUGGAGAUGAUGAAGACCAUGAUGAAGACUGGGACGAUACAGGUAAUGGAAAUGAAGGCCCGUAUUGGACCAGACCGGACCGCAUGGAGAAGAAGCUCCUCGCUAUCCCAGCAGCCAAUACCGUCAAAUUCCGUUGCGCUGCCGCUGGAAACCCCACGCCCUCCAUCCAUUGGCUGAAGAAUGGGAAGGAGUUUAAGGGUGAACAGAGGAUGGGCGGGAUCAAGCUAAGGCACCAGCAGUGGAGUCUGGUGAUGGAGAGUGCUGUCCCUUCAGACCGUGGGAACUACACCUGUGUUGUACAGAACAAGUAUGGCACCAUCACCCACAGCUACCAGCUAGACGUGCUAGAGCGUUCCCCUCACAGGCCCAUCCUCCAGGCAGGUCUUCCAGCCAAUCAGACAGUGGUAUUGGGCAGUAAUGUGGAGUUCCACUGUAAGGUGUACAGCGAUGCCCAGCCUCAUAUCCAGUGGCUGAAGCACAUCGAGGUGAACGGAUCCCGGUAUGGUCCUGACGGUGUCCCAUACGUCAACAUACUCAAGAGUCUAGUGAGCAGGAGAACAGAGGUUGAUGUUAUACUGGCUGUGUUGAAUGUGACCGAAGCUGAUGCCGGGAAGUACUGGUGUCGAGCAUCUAACUUUGUAGGAAAGUCAGAAAACGCCUUCUGGCUCACGGUACACAGACCAAGUAAACCAGCGCUGCACGAUGGUGACAAGGAGGAUGACUAUGCUGACAUCCUGAUCUAUGUGACGGGCUGCGUGCUGUUCAUCCUGGCCGUCGUCAUCAUCAUCCUCUGUCGUAUGAGGAUGUCUACCCAGAAGACCCUGCCCUCCCCGCCCAUCCAGAAACUCUCCAAGUUCCCCUUAAAGAGACAGGUUUCCUUGGAGUCUAACUCCUCCAUGAACUCCAACACACCAUUGGUCAGGAUUGCACGUCUGUCAUCCAGCGAUGGACCAAUGCUGUCCAACGUCUUGGAGCUGGAGCUUCCGUCAGACCCCAAAUGGGAGUUCUCCAGGACCAGGCUAACGUUGGGUAAACCUCUGGGAGAGGGCUGCUUCGGUCAAGUGGUAAUGGCAGAGGCCAUCGGGAUCGAAAAGGAGAAACCCAACAAGCCCCUCGACGUCGCUGUGAAGAUGCUCAAAGACGACGCUACAGAUAAGGACCUGUCAGACCUGGUCUCAGAGAUGGAGAUGAUGAAGAUGAUUGGAAAACACAAAAACAUCCUCAACCUGCUGGGAGCAUGUACACAGGAUGGUCCCCUGUACGUAUUGGUGGAGUACGCUUCCAAAGGGAACCUGAGGGAGUACCUGAGAGCCCGUCGGCCCCCAGGGACGGACUACUCCUUCGACACCUGUAAGAUCCCUGACGAGCAGCUCACCUUUAAAGACCUGGUGUCCUGUGCCUACCAGGUGGCGCGUGGCAUGGAGUACCUGGCCUCACAGAAGUGUAUCCAUAGAGAUCUGGCAGCCAGGAACGUCCUGGUAACCGAGGAGAACGUGAUGAAGAUUGCAGACUUCGGUCUGGCCAGAGAUGUGCACAACAUAGACUACUACAAGAAGACUACUAAUGGUCGUCUACCCGUGAAAUGGAUGGCUCCAGAGGCUCUGUUCGACCGCGUCUACACGCACCAGAGCGAUGUGUGGUCGUAUGGGGUGCUGCUCUGGGAGAUAUUUACCCUGGGAGGGUCCCCGUACCCCGGCAUCCCUGUAGAGGAGCUGUUCAAACUGCUGAAGGAGGGCCACCGCAUGGACAAACCUGCCAACUGCACACAUGAACUAUAUAUGAUCAUGAGGGAGUGCUGGCAUGCUGUCCCAUCUCAGAGACCUACCUUCAGGCAGCUGGUGGAGGACCAUGACAGGGUUCUGUCCAUGACCUCCACAGACGAGUACCUGGACCUGUCUGUUCCGUUUGAGCAGUACUCUCCAACCUGCCAAGACUCCAGCAGCACCUGUUCCUCAGGAGAUGACUCUGUGUUCUCCCACGACCCCCUCCACGACCCCCUCCCUGACCAACCCUGCCUCCCCAUGAACCCCUCCCUGACCAACCAUGCCUCCCGACGACCCCCUUCUCACGACCCCCAACCCUGCCUCUCCAAAAUGAGGGGGGAAUAACCUUGUCAAACUGCUGCAGAUUUACAUGGCAAUCAGGACAUAGGUGGGUCUGGAUGGGGAGAGGGGGGGGGGCUCCCCCGAGACACAUCUCAGCGUCAUACUUUGAGCCUCCUCCAGAUAUGAGGAAGAGAACAGCAAUACAUCCUAAAACGGACACAUUUUUUAAGAAUCUUUGCAAUGAAGGUUGGACAAUUUUUUGCCGCCAAAAACUGAAAAUGUAUAUUUUUUAUACUUGGCCAGUCUUUAGUUAUUGACAAUCCGAAAGGUCAAACCAUUCAGUGCCUACUGGAACCUAACUCUAACCCACAGGACUGGGAGGAGAUUAACACAAGGACAUGAACACCAUUAACCAGGGAGGCAGGGUAUCUAUAACGCCAUUGGCCAGGGAGGCAGGGUAUCUAUAACGCCAUUGGCCAGGGAGGCAGGGUAUCUAUAACGCCAUUGGCCAGGGAGGCAGGGCAUCUAUAACGCCAUUAACCAGGGAGGCAGGGUAUCUAUAACACCAUUGGCCAGGGAGGCUGGGUAUCUAUAACGCCAUUGGCCAGGGAG